AUGUCGGACCUCCAAAUGGACGACCAAAUAUUCCCGGAGGCGAAUCACUAUUGUCAUGGUAUCACCGCUAGACGAAACCAAGAGCCUACACGAAAUGAGAACGGAGAAAUUAUCUCUUUCGAAAAUGACAAUAGAAUCAGCAGACACAUGGACAAGUAUGAGCGACCCUACAAAUGUCACGAAUCUGGUUGUGAGAAAACGCCAGGCUUCGGCUUGUAUACUGACUAUCUGCGGCAUCAACGAGAGGGCUACCAUAGCGGUCAAAAGCCCGGGUAUUCCCGUUUUUGUCCAUAUAAGGGAUGUCAUCGCCACGUUAACAAGCCUUUCAAGAGAGCUGAAAACCUGCGAGAGCAUAUGCGGCGUAUGCAUAAACUAGAAACCAAUGACCAUCUCGAACAAGGAGGAGACGUAUAUGCCCAGGCUGGUAAUCCAAAGGACGUUUCUUUCAAACCCCACGACAAUCGCAACCAAGCUACAUGCCUUUCUCGUGACAAUAUUCUACAAAUGGAGGCAGAUUCCCUCCGGGACAUGAUUGUGAAGAAGGAACAACGUAUCCAGGAGCUUGAGCGACAGAUAAUGAAAUUGGAAGCAAUGAAUCGUGGUCCCCAGAGCUAG